GUAACUGAUUCCAGCCACGACAGCCGAAAUCAAGGAAGCAGCCUUCACAUAAAGAGAAAAAUAUUCAUCGAAUAUAAAAAUUUGACACCUAAAAAUAGAAGUUUAUUUAAAACGUUGCUUAAAAUUAGCACGAGUUUCUGGCGCGCGGAAAAAGCUUUUCUGUCGUUUUCUUUGCAAAAAAAUCUCGAUACAAUGAAGUAUAUAUUACUAUCAAAUGGUAGUGAGUUACCCAUUGUAGGUUUAGGUACAUGGAAAACAGAACCGGAAGAGGUCGAAAAUGUUGUUGAAAUUGCUUUAAACAGUGGAUAUAGACAUAUAGAUACUGCUUUCAAUUAUAAUACAGAAGAACCGGUUGGUAAAGUAGUAAACAGAUGGAUUUCUUCAGGAAAAGUUCGAAGAGAAGAGCUCUUUAUAACAACGAAACUGCCUGUUUGGGGAAACCGACCAAACGAUGUCGAAAAAUAUCUAAAGUUAUCACUAAGUCGAUUAAAUUUAGAUUACGUAGAUUUAUAUUUAAUGCAUAUGCCAUUUAGUUUUCACAGUAAUAAAGAUAACUCUGCUCCAUUGGUUAAAGAAGACGGUACAUUCAGUUUGGAUAUUGAAAGUGAUAUUACAGCAACAUGGAAGCAAAUGGAGAAACAAGUCAAGAAUGGUCUAACAAAAGGAAUAGGUAUGUCAAAUUUCAAUGAACAACAGGUGAAGAAGAUUCACAAUGUAGCAGAAAUAAAACCAGUAGUUUUACAAGUUGAGCUUCAUGCUUAUUUACAACAAAAGGAAUUGAGGAAAGCGUGCAAUCAGAUGGAAAUUACCGUGACAGCUUUCGCCCCGUUAGGAAGCCCAGGGACAAAUCAGCAUUUUACUAAAAAAUAUAAUUUUGCAUUUGAUAAUUAUCCAGACAUUUUGGGCUUGCCAAUAGUCCAAGAAUUGUCAAAAAAGUAUAAAAAAACUCCUGGACAAAUAUUAUUGAAACACCUUAUUCAACAAAAUAUUUCCGUUAUACCCAAAAGCAGCAAUCCUGAAAGACUUAGAGCAAAUAUUGAUUUAUUCGAUUUCAAUUUAAGUGAAGAAGAUAUGCAACAAUUGGAUGAUUUAGAUCGAGAAGAAUCUGGAAGGAUAUUCAAUUUUCUAUUUUUCAAAGGAGUGGAAAAACAUCCUGAAUAUCCUUUUAAAUAAAUAAUCCAUAUAUAAAUUAUUUUCUUUUAAAUGUAGAUCAAUGUUGUAAUACAUUGUUUCAAAAAUA